AUGAAGCAUGCAGAUUACAAGGGUUUUGAAUAAAGAAACUGUUAGUUGUUGUUUUUUUUUUUUUUUCGUUUUUUUUUUUUUUUUCUGACGGAUGAUUAAACUCUGCUGACACCUGCGAGCUAGAGAUGCUGUGGACCGCGUGGGCGGAGCAGCGAACUCUGGGAGAGGAGGGGGGGUUGUCCGUUUCCAAGCUCACUCACUGGUGGCAUUGUCAUGGAAACUAGACCACCGCCUCGCUAUUGUCUCGCUCCCUGCCAAGUUUAUUAUAAACACCGUGCGAGCCUCAGCGCGCUGUCAAACGGAGCGCGAGCGCAGAGCGAACUGCAGUCCAGGGAGGGAUAACAGAAGAGACAGAGACACAGAGAGGAAAGGGAAGGAAGGGAGUGGAAGUGCAGAGAAGCAUCUGGAUUACUUAUCGAGAAUAACAGCAUCGUGACAGUGAGUUAUAAACCACAAAGCUGACGAGAGUUUUGGAGAAACGAACUUCGGAGAUUCCGGAGACCAAAAGACCGACUCUGGUUUCGAAAGACACUAGACCCCCCCCCCACCCACACACCUGAAGCCUUACCUCACUGGGCUUUGCAGACCGGUGUUUCCACCGGCUGACCUCCAUGUAUAAGAUGGAUUACUCCUACCUGAACUCCUAUGACUCCUGCAUGGCAGCCAUGGAAGCAUCGGCUUAUGCGGACUUCAGCUCCUGCAGCCAGGCCAGCUCCUUCCAGUACAACCCGAUCCGGAGCGGACCGUUCUCCAAUCCGGGCUGCACUCCGCUCAGCACGGCCAGCUGUACACUGGGAGCCCUGCGAGAGCACCAGCCCACACCUUACUCCUCAGUCCCAUAUAAGUUUUUCUCUGACCCUUCCGGUCUGAAUGAGAAGCGGAAGCAGCGGCGCAUCCGGACCACCUUCACCAGCUCUCAGCUGAAGGAGCUGGAGCGGGUCUUCGCCGAGACGCACUACCCGGACAUCUACACGCGAGAGGAGCUGGCGCUGAAGAUAGACCUGACUGAAGCGAGGGUACAGGUGUGGUUUCAGAACAGGCGUGCCAAAUUUCGCAAGCAGGAGCGCGCAGCCAAUGCCAAAGCCAACAGCUCUGGCGGCACCACAGGCAGCAACACCAGCAACACCUCUGGAGGGAAGAAAGGUGGAGAAGCGAGAUCUUCAUCGGAUGAUGACGAGUCCAAAGAGUCCACCUGUAGUCCCACACCUGACAGCACGGCUUCCCUGCCUGGCUCCGCUAAUGGAAACUUAGGGAGCCCUGCCAGUUUGAGCCCCAGCCCUGCUCCUACCAACAGCGGUUAUGUCAACGCCUCCAACUCUCCGGUUCUCCAGGGGCUGAAGCCGCCCAGCUGGUCUAGCCUGGGACCAUCCAACCCGGCCGUGGCUCAGCCCGCUGCCCAAACUCAGGAGAUCCUGAAGGCCUGGCAGCCGGCGGACAGUAUGACCGGGCCUUUUGCUGGAGUCCUGUCCUCCUUCCAUAGAAAACCCAAUCCCACCAUCAAGACGAAUCUGUUCUGAAGCACAGGGUAAGAGAGGAAGAGAGAGAGAGAGAGAGAGCGAGAGAGAGAGAGAGAGAGAGAGAGAGAGAGAGAGAGAGAGAGAGAGAGAACUAGAACAGAUCGGAGUUUCUAGCUUUUGGGGGAAAGAAUCAAGACUGGCCCGUUAUGUCGCUGAAUUCAUUGCGGGAGUCAGCUGUAGUUCAGCGAGGCUCUCCAUAACCUGUCAAAGCUCAGAUAAUAAAGUUGCAGGUCUGGUGGCCCUCUAUCAACCUUAAAAUGUUAUGCAACUGUGAAGAUUAUACAUACAGAGCCCUACCAGGACGUGGGCAGUAUUCUCUCUUCUGACUUUCUUCUCAAGUAGCUCACACAGUUUUAUCAGAAAUUCCUGUUUCUCAGAUGAAACUGAAAACAUUCUCUAUUUAAAGAUGCUGAACUAUAACAGGCCCACAAACUGUAACCUGGACAGAGCUGACCCGACUCUCGGGCACAUCCCAUAGUCACUUCAAUUUCUUCUGGUUUUGUUGCACGUUCUCAUUCCCACACUCAUGCACUGCCCUGCGAGGCAGAAGUUCUGAUGAGCAUGGAGGUCAUGUACAAGGUGAAAGCAGAAAGCCAAACAUCAUGCUCCAAGCUUUGCUGGGGAAACAAAACAAACUUUUACCCUCAAGCACAACUAGCCCCCUGACACCACAGACUUCCAUUAGAAGGAACAGGGUCCCCCUAAAUCUCUUUGCCAAGCUGAGGGGGGCACCCCAAAAUCCAAUUAGAACAGCCGGGUCCAGACCAGACCCAGCCCCAGAUCAGCUCAUCCCCUCCUUUUUCUUUACUGUAUCAAGUCCUGACUCCCACAGUCUCAGCUUCCUCAUGGUUUUAUGUCCCAUAAUGCCUUCCUAACAAGCUGUUCCUACUUUGUUUAAACUUUGAGAGAGAGAGAGAGGGGGGGCCUUAAGGUGUCUGACCCCAUUUUAUGUUUGCUUCUGCAGCUUCUUUGAGGGAAGAGAGACAUCAGGUUGUAACUUAUACUGUUGCUGUUAAGAUCCUAAAACCUGGUUUCUUACUUGAAUCACUGAAGAGUUUUCAGACUUUCUUCAUGCCAGUUUCAUUAAAGAAAUUUAAUCACUGAGAAAUGCUGAUCAAGGGUUACAUGCAAAGAGAUGGAAUUUUGUACUGUGUUCAUUAAUGCCCUCAUUUGCUCUUCUUUUUUUUCCAAGUAGCUGAAAAAAUGAAGUACUUACUUUUACCUCAUAUUUACUUGUACGCCAUAUGACAGGACUAAUAUCAGAAAUCUUCUAAAAGGAGGGGAAACAUGUAUUUAUUAAUAUUUUUAUUGUCAUGAGAAGCCCACUCAUUUCUUGGAACUGCUCCAUAAAAUUUUGUGAUUGUAAAUUCUGUAAUUAGUAAUAUAAAUAUUAGGUAGUUUUUUUUUCCCCCGUUUGCUUUACAGAUCUAUUUCAUUGCAGAGCAUCUGUUUCACAGACACACGUCAAUGAAAGCAGACAUAAAGCUCUAUGAAUGAGAAGUUAUAGCACUACUCUAAAUAUUCUAAUAAAUCUACAUUAUGGAGGCACUAUCUGAAGCAUCUCAUGAUCUGGUUUCUUGUGAGUGACAGAAUCAUCACUUUGCUUUUUUUUUUUUUUUUGUUAUGGGAGACUGUUGAAAAGA